GGUGUGUGUUGUAGUUCAGUUUCAGUUAUCAUUACUCAAAUGAUAAUGAUCAUAUACACAGCACUACUGGCUCUUCUCCUCUUUUUUCUCCUCUUAUUCCUCUACAAUAGAAAAACUUCCAACCAUGGCCGGCUGCCCCCAGGCCCACCAGGGUGGCCACUAUUCGGAAACUUAUUCGACCUCGGAACAAUGCCACACAGGUCCCUAACCAAGCUAAGAAACAAGUACGGCGACGUCAUAUUGCUAAAACUAGGCGCCAUAAACACCAUGGUAAUCCUCUCAUCAAAAGCAGCAACCGAGUUCUUCAAGAACAACGACAUGUCGUUUGUUGAACGAACCAUCACCGAAACAAGCCGAGCCCUCGGCUACAACAAGGGCUCCUUGGCUUUAGCCCCUUACGGUGCUUACUGGCGUGUCUUGAGAAAAUUAGUGACUCUAGACAUGUUAGUCCUGAAACGAAUCAACGAAACGGUUGUCGUUCGAAGAAAGUGUGUGGACAACAUGUUGUGUUGGAUCGAACAAGAAUCGAGUAAUAAUAGCAGUAAAGGUGUUCAUGUGGCUCGUUUUGUGUUCCUUAUGUCGUUUAAUCUUUUGGGGAAUCUUAUGCUGUCAAGGGACUUGUUGGAUCCCAAUUCGGUGGAGGGUGCUGAGUUUUUCUCGGCCAUGAUGGGGAUUAUGGAGUGGGGUGGCCACGCCAAUAUAGCUGAUUUUUUCCCUUGGUUGAGGUGGUUGGAUCCUCAAGGGCUUAAGAAAAAGAUGGAGAGGGAUCUUGGUAAGGCUAUGAAGAUUGCUUCUAAAUUUGUUAAUGAACGAAGGAGUGAACAAGAAAAGGUUAAAGAGAGGAGGGAUUUCUUGGAUGUCUUACUUGACUUUGAAGGUAAUGGAAAAGAUGAGCCUCACACAAUUUCUGACCGUGAUCUUAACAUUUUCAUACUUGAAAUAUUUAUGGCUGGUUCAGAAACGACAAGUAGCACAAUCGAGUGGGCCCUGACUGAAUUACUAUUGAACCCACAAGCCAUGGCUAAGGCCAAAGUCGAGCUCAAUCAAGUGAUUGGGCCAAAUAGGAAGGUCGAAGAGAGCGACAUUGAAAACCUUCCAUACAUCCAAGCAAUCAUCAAAGAAACACUUCGAAUGCAUCCACCAAUCCCAUUUCUGGUCCCACGAAGAGCAGUAAACGACACCGUUUUCAUGGGCCACUUUGUACCCAAAAAUACACAGGUCUUCGUCAACGCUUGGGCAAUUGGAAGAGACCCAGAUGUGUGGAAUGACCCUUCGGUUUUCAAGCCAGAGAGAUUCUUGGACUCUAAAAUUGACUACAGAGGACAACACUAUGAGCUGAUCCCAUUUGGAGCUGGACGGCGUAUGUGUGCCGGGGUCCCACUGGCUCAUCGAAUCCUUCACUUGGUUUUGGGAUCAUUGCUACACCAUUUUGAGUGGAGACUUGAUGAGAGUAAUGGUGUUACUUGUGAAUCUAUAGAUAUGAAUGACAGGUUAGGAAUUACAACUCGAAAGUUUGAGCCAUUGAUAGCAAUACCAACCAAGUCUUGCUCAUGAUGGUGAUCAUUAAUAUCAAUAAAUAAAAAAAUUUUAAUCCAACUAUAGUCACAGCUAGCUACAUUAUUGAUAAAGUAAUAUAAGUAUUACUUU